AUGGUGUUGCAAAGUGUUGCAAACGUACGUAUCGGCAACAGCAGCAACAACAACAACAACAACAACGGUGUUCGAAUAUCGUCUCAAAAACACUGCAAGUGCGACUGCCGCUGCUGCUACUUUUCCCAGCGGUAUUGGCGGAGGAGGGAGAAGAAGAAGUCGAGAGGAGGACACGAUGGAGGUGUAACGGUAUUUUCUCAAUUUCAACACGAUGCAACAACGGAAUCAUCAUCAUCACCAACGACCAUCCGAUGGGAGUUGUGCUCUCGCCGAAUUUUGAUUGGUUUAGAGCACAUUCUGCGUGCAGACCGAGCGCGAAUGCCAGUCGACGCGCAAAAAGUCGUCAAGAAGUGUUUGCGCAAGAAUUUGUCUCCAAACUUGGCAGCCUUUGGGGUGGGAAAAGAAACAUGGGAGGAAACGGCGUUGCGGAACGAAGAGAGGAAGGUAAUCGCGGAGACGAUUUUGAGGAUGGAAGUGAAAAAGAGAGAAUUGAUGUGGCAUUUAGAAGAGAUCGCUGGGAAUGAUGAACAUAAGGAAAAGUACUUGGAGCGCGAGAUGUGGGAUCGGUUGGCGAAGUCUCGGAAGAAUCAGAGCGUCGUCGCCGCGGAGGAGGCGUUUACGGUUGAAGAAACGGCGGUGGCGCUGCUUACGUUACACGAAGCGCAAAUUAAACGGGGUAACAUCAUUGCGGCGCUGAAUAGAAUCGUACCACGGGGUAGCAAGGUUCUAAACGAGGACGCGGUGAGAGCAGAUUAUCCUAAAUUGGACGUUCCUGGAAUUAAAACGGUAGACGUUUUAGCCAAGCGGCUCUCCGUACAGGAUUGGGCGGCGCAGAAGCUCGUGUCGCAAUACGGGGUGGACUUUGCGGAAGAAUUACUCAAACAUUUAAAUAGAAAAGGUCCGAUAUCGCUUCGGGUAAAUUUAUUCGCGAACGACGGCGAUGAGUUUCGCGAGGUGACGAACAUCGUCGAACGAGAUGAAGUCGUCGCAUCGUUUAAGAGAGUGCCGUUUGAAAGCGAAGAGGAUUCCGCGUUGGCGUUUACCGUGAACGAUGCGUAUCGAAUAUCGCCGGAAAGAGACCCACAAUGGCUUCAAGGACGGUACGAGAUCCAAGAUCUUGGCUCGCAGUUCAUCGCGAGCUGUUGUCGCGCGAGUAAAAACGACCGAAUUCUCGACUUUUGUUGCGGAAACGGAGGUAAAACGCUUGCGCUCGCGGCAAAAGGUGCGUUUGUGACUGCGCACGACGUCGACCAAAGACGAAUAAAGCAUCUGGGAGCAAACGCGAAACGUGCGAAAGUUUCGCACUUGAUAACGACGGCCUUGGACGCGAAUGAAUUGAAAAAAAAUGGAUGUUAUUACGAUUCGGUUUUAGUCGACGCGCCGUGCUCGAGCGCGGGCGCUUGGCGACGCACUCCGUCGAGUCGCUGGUUGGCAAAAGAGGAAGACGUCGUUAUCUUUUCAAAGCUUCAACUGGAAAUUUUAUUCGAAGCGGCAAGUAUUCAGCUCGAGAGCAGAAACAUUUCGACGACGAGAAAGACGACGACGAUGGUUUACGCCACGUGUUCGAUUUUCCAAGAAGAAAACCAAGACGUCGCGAGAGCGUUUGAAACUUCCGAUAUUUUCAAAGAAAUGGGAUACGAGCCGUGGCCUUUUGAAAAAGAGGAAGAAGAAGAGCAAAUUUCACACGGCUGUAGUGCUUUCUCUCACGAGAUACAGCUGUUUCCGAACGUUCACGAAACCGAUGGAUUUUACAUAUGUCGCUGGAAAACAAAAUAA